AAGUAUGUGUGCAUAGAACGACCAAAAAAGAAUAUACAAACUACGCACAACAACACGGAACAUAGGUCAGAAGGAAUAGAUAAUAUAAAAAUAAAAAUAUAAUUAAAUAAAAUAAGGAUGAAAACUACUGUUUCACCAAGGUCAUAUGCUAAAGUGCUUUUGCAUGCAUGUAAAUAUCCCCACAAAGCAGUAAAUGGGAUUUUAUUGGCAGAGGAAUCAUCAAAAAACAGCGACACUAUUCAAAUUGUUGAUGCCGUUCCACUUUUUCAUCAAUGCUUAGGACUUGCUGCAAUGCUUGAGAUAGCUUUAACACAGAUUGACACAUACUGCAGACGUCAUAAAUUGCAAAUAAUGGGAUACUAUCAAGCAAAUGAACAUGUGGACGAUAAUAGUCCAGAUUUAAUUUCAUACAAAAUAGCUGAAAAGAUUAAUGAAAAUACACCAAAUUCAAUUUUAAUGAUGGUGAACAACCAAAGAAUGGAUGCAGAGUGUAAAAAGACUGCAUUAGAUUUAUACACUAUGAGUGAUGGUAAAUGGACCAUUAGCAGUGAUUGUCAACUUAUUGGUGGUGAUGCUUCACUUGCACUUAUGUCUGAACUUAUAACUGGAAAAACAUCACAAAGCUUGGUGGAUUUUGAUAAUCAUUUAGACGACAUAAGUCUGGAUUGGCUAAAUAUUACCAUAAAUAAAAUGGUAGAGCUUGCUCCAAGCUAAUUCAAAGUUAAAUUAUUGUAGGUGUGUUUUACAGAAAAUAUUUGUAUUUUAA